UUGGCCAGGCUCCUCAUAAACCGGCUCCGAUUUCAGUUCGUCAACUCACCUAAAAUGGCGUCGAGUAACGCUCCAUCACGGCCUCAGAGGAGGGGAAGUCUAACCUUCAGACCUCCUGACAUGAGGAUUAUGCUGCUGGGGAAGAACAGCCAGGAGAUCAGAAGAGUGGAACAUUUCAUCCUGAGAAGAGACGUGUUUGAUGCUGAAGCUCCUCUUAGUUCAGCAGAGCAGUACAGUGAGAAAGCCAGAGAAAAAGCGGAAGGAAGAGACAUCACACUCAUCAACACACCUCAGCUGUUUGAUACUGAACUCUCUGAUGAGGAGCUGAGUGAGAGAGUGAAAGAGUGCAUGACUCUUUGUGCUCCUGGACCUCACGUUAUAAUGCUGGUACAGCCAGGAAACUUCACUGAGGCAGACAGAAACCGACUGAAUCACAUCUUCAAAUCUUCAUCUGAUGACGCCCUUAAAUACACCAUGGUACUGACAACACAAAAGCCACAGUCAGGCAGCAGUGUAGAUCCAGGUGAAGAGAGCGUCUCUGAGGAGAAUAUUAUAGAAAGGAUUAAGUGGUAUUUUGACCUUGAAAGUGAAAGCAGUCAUUCUGCUCUUAUGGAGAAG